UAAUUUUAUUUUAUCAUGUUUAAACAUAUUCAAAAGGGCAAUUAUAUUCGAUAUUUUUCACAAAGCCACGACUGGACUUUACCCACAGGCCAUGAUACUGGAAUAAAAAUUUAUAAUUGCGUGACAAAAACCAAAGUGCCUCUUAUCGUAAAGGACCAAAAUCUCACAAAAUGGUACAGUUGUGGCCCCACAGUUUACGAUUCCAGUCACAUUGGACACGGAGCAUGUUACACAAAACUCGAUAUUAUACAGAACAUAUUAAAAAAAUAUUUUAAAUUAAACUUAGUCACUGUUAUGAAUAUAACCGAUAUAGAUGAUAAGAUUAUUAAAAGGAGUAACGAAUUAAAGCUGAGUACAACACAAAUUGCAAACAAAUAUGAAAAAGAAUUUUUUAGUGACUUGUCACUGUUGCAAGUACAAAAACCGGACAUAAUUGUGCGGGUUUCGGAAAACAUUAACUUGAUAAUAAAAUUUAUAGAUCAAUUAAUUAAAAAAAAAUAUGCCUACAAAUCUGGCGAUUCUGUUUAUUUUGACGUAACUAAAUACAACAACUACGGCAAACUACAAAACGUCGGCGACAUAAAUAACAAAACUGGAGUGAAGAAGUCUUCAGCAGACUUCGCUCUUUGGAAGGGCAGCAAACCUGAUGAACCAUUUUGGGAGAGCCCCUGGGGAAAUGGCAGACCUGGUUGGCACAUUGAGUGUUCUGCCUUAGCCACACACCUAUUUGGUUCAAAUUUUGAUGUUCAUGCAGGAGGAAUUGAUUUGAGGUUUCCUCAUCACGAAAAUGAGGAAGCUCAAUCAUGUGCAUUUCAUGAUAACAACCAAUGGGUAAAUUAUUGGCUACACACUGGACAUUUACAUCUUAAAAACGACGAAAAAAUGUCGAAAUCAUUAAAAAAUACUAUAUCCAUUCAACAAAUGUUAAAAAAUGUGAAACCUGAAGAAUUUCGUAUGGCUUGUUUGAUGUCACAUUACCGAUCUUUUAUGGAAUAUAGCGAUGAUUUUAUUUUAACUUCCAAAAGUUAUUUAAACAAAUAUAAAAAUUUUAUUAUUGCUUGCAAUGAAUUUAAAAAUGGCACAUUAACUGGCACAAUUAAUAGUGACAUUUUAAGAACAUUACUUGAAGAUACUUCUAACAAAAUACAUCAUUCAUUGUGCGACGAUUUUGAUACUCCUUCAGUAAUAAAGUGCUUGAAUGAAGCUAUUGGUACUGUUAAUUCUAUGUUGCACUCUUCUGGAAGUAGUACAGAUGAAAAAGAUCUUGUAUAUGUGACUGCUUUUGUAAAUUUACUUGUAAAUACUUUAGAUAUUUUUAAUUUAAGUCUCAAAGACCAAAACAAUCUGAGUGAUCAUACUUUUGUUGAAGUGAUGGACAUUUUAAAUAAUUUUAGGCAGGAUGUGAGAACUUUAGGUCUAGUUUCAAAAAAUAAAGAAGUUUUAAAACUGUGUGAUAAUGUUAGAAAUAAUCUUGGUAAUCAUGGAAUUGUUGUUAAAGAUCAUGGUAAAGUUUCUACUUGGUCAAAAUAAAUAUAUACUUAU